GGAAGCGUCAGAGACUUCCUGCAGCAAGCGGUGCGAAAAUGCGCUCGUUUUUACCUGCAGUGGCGGAACAGCUUUUUCGAGAUAUACAGAAAACAUACCAGGAGACGUCUCAAAUUCCCAAUGACCUGCUAAUUGCGCUGAAGUUUGUCUUCGGGUCUUGUGCGCUCCAGGCGUUGGACUUGGUUGACCAGCACUCGGUCACCUGUCUGACAUCUCCCAGUGGACGCAAGGCCUUCCAGGUAACAGGAGGCUCGGGGCGUUUGUACACUUGCUUCUUGUCCUGCCACUACUGCCCGUGCCCAGCCUUCGCCUACAGCGUGCUGCGCAGAAAUGACGCCCUGCUGUGCAAACACAUCCUGGCCGUCUACCUGUGUCAGGCCAUGGCUGUGACUCAGCAGGAGAGUGUAUCUGAUCAGCAGAUGUCCGUGCUGCUCAGUGGGACGACAGCCCCGUGACUGCAGGUAGAUCGGCACACCGGGCCCUGCAGAAGCAUACACUGGAGCACCGAGCCUCCCGGACAAAAGCCAGUGUAGUGAGAUAGACGACACCGAGCAGGGGAAUGCUCUGAAAGACCACAGAUGUCCCAUUUAUUUUCUCUUUUUGAAGGAGUUCUUAAUCUGUUUCCCAGGGAAAAAAACCAAACAUCUGUUCGCUGAAUAUGGACUGCUCCACAUUUAGUUUCUUUUUAUCUGAAACUGUCAGUUUGACACAGUAAGCAUCUGUGUACUGAAAGCACUUUGUUGUUUUUUUGUUUUUUUUUUGAAAUAAGGACCUUUUUCCAGUCUGUAAAUUUAAACUGUCACAUGAUU